ACAAAACAAAUUUUGAGCCUAACAACAUUGUUGACCUCUUUAAUAAGGCCCGAAGAGAGUGGGAGAGAAAAACCAUUCCUAAAACCUCUCACAAUGAGAAAAACCCCUGUUCUUCUUAAACCACUUUCAACCUCCUUCCGAGCUUUCACCUUCAUCAAUGGCGUUCCCCGCCAUUAUUUUCUCUCUCCUUCAACCCCCAAAUCCCCAACCCAUCUCCAAAUCCCUCGAACAAACCCUGAACCCAAAUGGGUAUUCUUCGCUACUUCCUCACUCCCUCCACCUGAAUGGAUCGAACCCUUCACCGAUAUCUCCGACGUCAUUAUGCAAUCUAAUCAGAAACUUCAGACCUCCAUCUGGGUCUCUCGAAUCGUUGAAAUCCUUGACGGUUCACCAUCAAUGGAGAUUAAUUUGACUAAUUAUUGCAACAAGUUCUUAAUUAAACUGACGCCUAAUUUUGUUGCUUUUGUUUUAAGUUCAACCCAGGUGAAAACUAACUCGGAUACUGCCUUUCGGUUCUUUUGUUGGGCUGGUAAGCAAAAUAAUUACAGUCAUAAGCUUGAAUGUUAUGUUUCUUUGAUUGAUGUUUUGGGUGUUCCAAAUGAAGUUGAUAGGAUUAAGGCUGUGUUUGUUAGGUUUAAGGAGUUGGAUUUUGUUAUGAAUGUGAAUUGUUUUAAUUCUUUGAUUAAGAGUUUUGGGAAUUUGGGAAUGGUUGAGGAAUUGUUGUGGGUUUGGCGGCGAAUGAAGGAUAAUGGGAUUGAACCUAGCUUGUAUACUUACAAUUUCCUGAUGAAUGGACUGGUGAAUUCUAUGUUUAUUGAGUCAGCUGAGCAGGUUUUCGAGGUGAUGCGAAAUGGAAAAACUCGGCCUGAUAUUGUUACUUAUAAUACUUUGAUUAAAGGGUAUUGUAAGGCUGGAAAGACUGUGAAGGCGAUGGGGAUAUUGAGAGAUAUGGAGGUCGGAAACGUAGAGCCCGAUAAAAUUACUUACAUUACUUUGAUUCAGCUUUUCUAUAGGGAGAACAAUUUUGAUGCCUGUUUGUCUCUUUACCAUGAGAUGGUGGAGAAGGGAUUGGAAAUCCCACCUCAUGCUUAUAGUUUAGUGAUCUGUGGACUUUGUAAGGGUGGAAAGUAUGUCGAAGGAAAUGUGGUUUUCGGGGACAUGAUUCAGAGGGGAUGUAAGGCAAACAUUGCAAUAUAUACCACGCUAAUUGAUUCGUAUGCCAAGGGUGGAAAUGUGGAGGAUGCUAUUAGUCUGUUGAAGAAAAUGAAGAGAGAGGGUUUUUCUCCUGAUGAGGUCACUUAUGGUGCUAUUAUCAAUGGGCUAUGCAAAAAUGAUAGACUGGAAGAGGCCAUGGGAUACUUGAGGGUAUGCACAGAUGAUGGAAUUGGUGUUAAUGGUAUGAUAUAUUGUUCUCUCAUUGAUGGCUUGGGUAAGGUAGGGAAAGUCAAGGAAGCGGAAAGGCUUUUUGAAGAGAUGGCCGUGAAGGGUUGCACUCGUGAUUCUUAUUGCUAUAAUGCGAUGAUUGAUGCUCUUGCAAAAUGUGGAAAAGUCGACGAGGCUUUGACACUCUUUGAUCAGAUGGAAGAUGAAGGGUGUGACCAAACAGUUUAUACAUACACCAUACUCAUGGAUGGAUUGUUUAGAAACCAUAAAAAUGAAGAGGCGUUGAAGUUGUGGAAUUCGAUGAUAGAUAAGGGUAUUGCACCAACAACAGCUUCUUUUAGAGUUCUUGCAAUUGGACUUUGCCUUUCAGGUAAAGUUGCCAGGGCUUGCAGAGUAUUGGAUGACCUAGCACCAAUGGGUGUAAUACCUGAAAACGCUUGUGAAGAUAUGAUUAAUGCAUUGUGUAAAGCUGGGCGCAUUGAGCAGGCCUGCAAAUUGGCUGAUGGGAUUGUUGAUAGGGGCCGAGAGAUACCUGGGAGAGUCCGUACUGUUCUGAUCAAUUCCCUGAGAAAAGUGGGAAAAGCGGACUUGGCAAUGAAAUUGUUGCAUAGUAAAAUUGGUAUUGGCUAUGAUAGAAGGGGAAGUAUUAAAAGACGAGUGAAAUUCAGGAGUCUCCUCGACAUUUAGAUCUGGGAAGCAGGCAUCAAUGAAGUCGACGGUUCAAGAAUGGAGGAAGUACCCGUCAAUUGAAAGCAAGAAAAUAAUACUAGUCACGAGCUGGAGUGAUCACCAAGUAAGGUCGGCCACUGAAAGUCUCAGGAAAAUGAUAAUGUCUGAACAGAAGGAAAUAAUUGUCAAGUUAUGCGGUUUCUGGUAUAUUGAGUUCCUCAACAUCUGGCAACACAUCUCGAAGUGAGAACCUUGCGGAUCUUCAUGAUAAUGAAAAUUAUGCAGUUUACAAGUUCAAUGUCAGCUCUUGUACGUUCAUUGAUGGGAAUAAUGGCAGUCAUGAAGUGAAUCCAGAUGAUUUUGGAACAACAAAGCCUGAUAAAUUAUGUGGAAAUCAAAAGGAUAAUACCUAAAGGUGCUGCCCAAGCAAAUGGUUUUAAGACUAAGAAGAUCUUUGUUGGGGGCAUUUCGACAACUGUUACAGAAGAUGGUUUGAAGGACUUCUUCUCAUAGUAUGGUAAAGUUGUGGAACAUGAGAUCAUUCUUGACCAUGCUACAAAGCGAUCUUGAGGAUUUGGUUUCGUUGUGUUUUACAAUGAAGAAGUUGUAGAUGAUAUUCUGGCUGAUGGAAACAUGAUCGAAUUGGAUGGUUCAAGGGUGAGUUUAGCUAUCUGGUCUCUUUCUUAGUACUGUGUAUCCUAUGUCACCUCUGUUUAGAUCAAUUAAACAAUGGUGUAAUUUACCUUGUUCUUAUAAAAUUUGGUAGUAUUUAUGCUGAUCUUUUGGAUGUAUCUCAGUAUGACCUUUGAAAUUAUUGAUGAUCAUAAAAGGGUUAUUUUCUUUUCUA